CGAUGCCAUUGAUCCUGUGCUACUGGAGGUGGCGCUUGAUGACUUGAUAGAAGACCUUGAAUCGGGAGCGUUGGAGAAACUGUUUCCCGGACCAAUUAUAAAUAUUGACCGAGGACUCGGUAGUAACAAUCAGAGAAUGGUGAUGACGGUAGUGUUAACCAGGAAACGGUAUCCGUUUGAUGAAUAUAUGGGAAGGAUUUUCAUCGAUGUUUUAAACGCUCUGGUUGAAGACCGGAAAUUAGAAAAAAAUUUCGACGAUAAUAUAUACGAUUCAUUCUUUAUGUUGGUGGUUCGACUGCUGAAUCUUAUUCGAGAUUUGGUGCAUCUUAAUGAACUUUACGAAUGUUUUGAUCCCGGUGUUGUAUUCUCGAACUCUAUUGGACGUAUGAAAGGGAAAUAUGUAGAAAAUUUAACAGAACUUGAAAAAGCGUUAAUUGAUAUUGGAUUUGAAAAAUUUGAAGGCAAGGCUCGAAAAUUGGUCAAGGAUCGGCAACAAGAAUUAACAAUGAUAGUGCGAGAGAUAGACAAAAACGUGGAAGGGGCUUACAGGAACCUCCAUGUGGACAUGGAAAGAUGGAAGAAACAGAAAAGUACAAUGAGUUUAUUGCACAUAUUUUCAAUUUUUGUAGCAAUAUCAUUCCCGGUAAUAGAUUAUUAUUUUCUACAAGGGGAUUUCCCAUUUGGGAAUUUAAUGACAAUAAUUGGGGUAACUCUAAGUCUACUAACAUCAUUAUGGUGCGGUUGGUUAAGAAAUAGUUACAUCCGAGCAAUCAAUUCUCACAAGAAAGCUAUACCCGUUCACGCUGCUACGGCAAUCAGCAUAGAAGCAUUGCAACGUUGGCUAAACAGAAUUUCC